AUGAGUGCAAUUCGUUAUAAUGAUAAAAAUAUAAAAACCUCCCUAAUCGCCAACCCUGACAAGAUCAUCCGACCCAAGCUCCGGUUCUUCGACUCCCUAGGCAUCGGCGCCUCCGUCCUUACCCAGUCGAACGUCCUCACGCGCAGCCUCGGCAAGUUCCUCGUACCCUGCUUCGAGUUCCUCCGCGGCAUCGUCGGCACGGACGCCAACCUCCGAACCGCCUUCUCCAAUAAGCCGUCCCUUCGUGGAUUGGUCCAGAAGAAGCUGCGCCCUGCCGUGGAAAAUUUGCGCCGCCACGGCCUCUUGGAUGAGGCCAUAUCGAAGCUAAUCGUCCUUAAUAUGGGCAUCCUCGGCAUGGCGCCCAACCGCAUCGCCGGCAUCUUUGAGGAACUUGAAGCGCUUGGCCUGCCCAUCACGGACCCCUGCUUCGUCGGGUGCUUCGCUCAGAUGAGUGGACUCAAGCGGGAGACAAUUCGGCGUCGGGUGGCGCUGUACCAGAGCUUUGGGCUUUCUCAGUGCCAGGUUGCCAGGGCAUUCAUGGCUCAGCCCCGGAUAUUGGGGCUUUCAGAUGGGAACAUCCAGAGGAAGCUCCACUUCUUCCGAGACGAGCUAAAGAUCGCUCUGCCUCAGGUGAUUGCAAUGCCUAAAAUCUUGACAUUUAGCGUGAAGAAUAUCCUCCCGAAAUGUGCUGUGCUGAGCUUGCUAAUGAGGGAAGGGAAGAUUCAGAGAGGCAUAAAUCCGUUUGGUCGUUUGGGCCUAUCUGCCAAGGAUUUCUCUGAGAGGUGUGUGAAGAAGUAUGAGAAGGAUGUGCCAGAUGUUGUUAGGGCAUAUGAGGGGAAGUUAAAAUUCGAAGGGUUCAUGGAUCAGGAUAUUGAACCUGCUUGCAGAAGCCAGGCACUAAUUUUCUAGGUUAAAAUCGCUGUAGGUGAUUGCACAGCCGAAAAUCUUGGCAUUCAACAUGGAGAAAAAAUAUCCUCCUGAAAUGUGUUGGUCUUAACGCGCUGAUGAAGGGAAGAUUCAGGGAGACAUCUGCCCAGUCCUUUGGGUGCGUCCAGAAAGUUUUCACUGAAAGGUAUGCGAAGAAGUGUAAGAAGGAUGUGCCAGAUGUUGUUAGGACAUGCGAGGGGAAGAUUCAAUUCAAAGGAUUCAUGGAGGUAUUAAAAUUUGCUAAAGCCUGGCACCAGUCUUCUAGGGUAAUGUCUGUGUCUGUGUAGGUAAGAAGUGUGCUAGGAUCAACCCAGAUGCUAGUUCUCAUGUCAGGAUUAUUGUACAUAGUCUCAGCAUGUCACAAUCUUACCCUAUUUAUUGACAAGCUGAUCCUAGCUCUAUAAUUCUAGCUUUCUUUGUUCGGCCA